AUGGGCCCUGUAAAUAUAGUAUCUAGUUUUACUUUUAUUUUUAUGAUUGUGAUAACAAUUUUUUUUGAGUCAGAGUCAAAACGAGUGGAGGAUACUUUAAAAACGGACGCGGACUGGGUUUUUCUAACACGUUUUUGUUUUCUGAGCAAGAUCGGUAACUUGAACUAUGACCUGGAGUACCCUGUUGGUUAUGGCGUACAGAGUUUUGCAUUCUACUACGAUAUUCCUGGACAAUGGUCAUCAGUUUAUCAGCGAGAUUUGACCUGCACAGAAAAAGUAGAUGCUCUGAAAGGAAGAAACCAGUUUAAGCUUGAUGAUACAACUUCUCAUUGUGGGCAAUUUAUGGGUGUUGAGCCGUUAAAUGCUACACAGUUUAGAGAAAAGCGAACAGGCCAAGACUGGUAUGUCUGCAAGGGAGAUUUGGAUUUCAGUACGGCCAGGGAAAGGUGGUGGUUUAUUGUUCUCACCAGAUGUGGGCCUCCAGUAAAUUCAACUUACAAAGGCAUGUAUUUGAACUACAAACUACACAUGACCAAUGGGGACACCCUGCUACAGAAGGAAUUUUCUGCAGAUGAAUUUUAUAUUCUUGUCAUCGACAUUGUGUUCUUUAUUCUGUACAUCAUACUUCUGCUGUUGGCAGUAGUCUGCUCAGGUCGCAUCCUACAGACUUGCAGCAAUAUUGUGUUCAUCCUGAUGUUGAUUCUACUAGCCAAAGGUUACACAGUGGUUCGAGUCCGCCUCACCACAAAAGCAAUCAUCAAGAUUACAGUAUUUAUCAACUUGUACAUUGUAGCCAUGGUUGUCAUGUUUAUCUGGGAGGGAGCCUUGUUUGACCCAGGCUUGGUGCUGUACUACUACGAGAGUCCCCCCGGUUACGGGAUGAUAACAGUGAUCCUGAUUGGCUGGCUGUGGUUUACAAAGGCUGCUGUGUUCACGUUAAAACACUACUCCAAGAAAACCCUGUUCUAUGUUGCCUUCUACACAUUCUACACCAUCUGCCCGUUUGUGGUCCUCAUUGCCAUGUUUGCCAUGGCCAAGUGGACCCGAGAGAAAACCGUCAAUGGGGUGCAGCAGUUUAUUGCAUUCCUGGCUCAUGUGGUUUUCUUGAUCCUGACACUGCCACACAAGGCCAAUGAGAAUUUUCCCUACCACAUCAGGACUACACAGAUUGGCUCUAUGAAUGAUGGCAGUGAGUACACAGAACCAAACAAUCUUUAUGAGAACACUUAUAGAGAUUCAUUCACUGGAGUGGGUCCGAACCUGGACAUUUUCAUCACGUCCAGCAGCUACAGUGAGAGUAGUAAUGGGGACAGGUUGUACAUACCUUUGGAGUCAAGCUCCACGGGUUCUAGUGUUAGUAUUUUGUCACGCAUGCAGCAGGCAAGUCUACCACCCAUUAGCAACAAGACAACUGAAAAUGGAAACCAAAACAUUCCAAAUGGAGUCAGCAAUCAUAACAGCAUUCCAGAUCACCUUAACAAAGCCUCUUGGGAGUCCGAAGGUCGCAAACCCAUGAAACUUCCACCCCUACAAGAAGCUUUGAGUGACAGCAGCCGCAAGGGGGAUCACGUGACUCUGCCACCAAUCAGAGCCAGCGGUUUACCGCCUCUCGUGCCUUCUGCUCCAUCCAAUGACAGCGACAAUGACAAGGCCAGCCUGUCUCGGCGUGCAUCUCUGUUCCAAGUUAGUUAG